AUGCAGCAAACGCAACAGCACUUCUCGGCCACCGAAUACGAACUGCAGCAGCAACAGCCACAGUACCUGGGUAAACACGAUGCCGCUGUCAAGUACAUGCAACAGCUCGGACUGCACAAGCAGAACAUUAAAGUCGAUUCCGAGAUAAGGCCUUGCUUAGUUGCUGACAAUGUGAUCAGCGACCAAAACAGCAGUUGCGGCAGUCCACCCUUGUCCAUUGUAGUCAAUGGCGAUGAGCAACACAGUUCCAGUACUCCUGUACCCACGUCCACAUCGGUAUCUCGAUCUAAACCUCAAGCUUGUCGCAUAUGUGGACGUGUUCUAGCGUCAACUUCAUCAUAUUAUGUACAUCUAAAGUCACAUUCAAACAACAAACCUUACCGUUGUACACAAUGUGAAGCCUGUUUUUGCCGUAAACCAUAUUUAGAAGUUCAUAUGAGAACCCAUACCGGUGAACGGCCUUAUCAAUGUAAUUUGUGCCUAAAGAAGUUUUCUCAAAAGAGUAGCCUAAACAUUCAUAAAAGAGUGCACACUGGCGAGCGUCCUUAUUCGUGUGACAUCUGCAAGAAAACAUUUGCAGUUAAAAGCUAUGUCAUUUCUCAUAAAUGGAGUCAUAUGACAGAAAAACCGUUUGUAUGUGAACAAUGUCAGCUAUCAUUUAACUCUAAGAUCCAAUUUGUAACGCACCUUAGAUCUCAUGACUUGGGACCAGCACAUUGUUGUCAAUUUUGUGGUAAAGCCUUUGUAAAAGGAUGCUUUUUAGUCAGACACAUCAAUAAAGUCCACCGAUUCAAUGUUGCUGCAGCAGCAGCAGCUACUGACCACGAGCCAGUACACAGUUCCUACAUGCAAUCAGACACCAACUAUUCUAGCAUAAGAUUUGAUCCUCGUGAAAUCAGCAUAUUGCCAACCACCAAGAACGGCCCUCGCUUCUUGGGGCCCCCACCGCAUAAUGCAGAUGGUCCACCACCGUUAACCCACCUAACACCCAUGAUGUUGGGUCCACCACAAAACACACGAGCCUAA